UAACAGAUUGCUACUUAAAUAUAAAAUGACAUGUGUUUUUUUUCCACCUGCAAGGCGGUGUUCAGGGAUGAAAAUCCCAAUAAACCAUCUCGUCAUUCUUUGCGCAGAAUUGUUACGUCAUCGGCGUGCGACCUCUUUUCGGUCCAUUCUGUUAUGUUUACCGUCUGAUUCAGCUCGUGUAGACUUUUGUUUCGCCGUUAACGAGCAGUUGACUCGCCAGUUUCGUGUUCUGUAGUUUCACAUUGGAGUCGGAGUUAAUUUGAGUCAUUUAUCAACAUGGAGGCCAGCGAGGAGAAGACAGAGAAACCCAGCUCCGGCGUGUCUGCGGCGCAGCGGAGAGCUGAGCUUCGAAGAAGAAAACUGCUCAUGAAUUCAGAGGACAGGAUGAACAGAAUCGUGGGUUUCGCUAAAAACGACUCUGACAACAGCGGAUCCUCCCGACGACCCACAGAACCCCGCUUUCACCUUGAUCUGGACAGGACACAGCCGUGGUCUUCGUCCUCCCCUUCCCCGAGACCGCCUCCCUUCCUGCCAGAGGCUUCGAUUCAUGGCAGCCGCUCCCACUCUUCCACCCCAGAGAGACGAGGCUCACCCCUGCCAGACAGCAGCGAGUUGCCCGGAGCAUCUCUGGAAGACGAAAUGGGAGGUCUCAGGCAGCGAGCAAAGCUGGAGCGAGGAGAUGAUCUCAGUGGCUCCCCACGUCGGAGCCUCCAACAGUAUUUAUCACGCUUUGACGAUGCUAUGAAACUCCGGAGUCAGCUGGCCAACGAUAAGCAGGCUCAAGAUGGAGGUUCUGACUCGGAGGAGCUGGAUCCGUUCAGAAUCUUUAGACUUAUUGGCAGCGUCCUCCUCGCUGUGUUUGUCAGGGUGUUUGUCUGCAAGUAUCUGUCAAUAUUUGCUCCAUUUCUGACCCUUGAACUGGCCUACAUGGGAUUGUCCAAAUACUUUCCAAAGGUAGAGAAGAAAACCCAAACCACUGUGCUAACUGCUGCCCUGCUACUGUCUGGCAUCCCCGCUGAGGUCAUCAGUCGCUCCAUGGACACCUACAGGAGGAUGGGGGACGUCUUCUCUGACCUCUGCGUCUACUUCUUCACAUUCAUCAUCUCUCAUGAAAUCGUGUUGCUCAUUGCCUCAGAGGCUCCCUGAUAGUAGACCCCUCACUUGCCCCUCUCUCCCUACCCCAACAAGGCAUGCUCUUCAGCUCCCUCUGGUGCUUGUUUCCUGUCAUUUACUAAUCUGCUGCCUUAUGAAGAAGGCUGCACACCACCUGGAUGGGUGUUUGUAGUUUCAGCUCUUCUCUUACUGAGUACUUUUGACUAUCAGUGUUUUAAGCUCUGUAAUAAGAUAAUGUGCUUGAAGAUCUGAGUUUCACUCUGGAUAAUCAAAUUUGGUGAAAAUUUAACAAAAAUGCAUUUUUUUUCUCUGCUGAUAUCCAUUUAAAACAAGGCUUGGCACCCUUUUUGAACAAUAAUGUGAUGACAUCACAUACUUUAUGGAGAGAUGCAGAUGAAUAAAUCUUGUUUAACUAGAUUUCAGAGUAAUAUUUUAAGUUGUUUCUUUUAGUUCUGUGAUUACGUUGAUCAAUCUCAAAAAGUUGAUAUAACAUCUCAUCUGAGCAGCAAAAGUACAUCUAAAAUCUCAUUUGACCUUAAAGGAGAUAUGGAAACAUGUUUUGCUGUCAUGUAUCAUGUAAACUUACAAAAUUUUUUAUUUUUGUCAUUUUUCUUAUCCGUUAAAAGUCAUAGUGACGAAGGAACUUGGAAGCCUUGAACAUGGAUUUGAAAACUGUGGAUUGUUGCGUUGAUAUGAACUCUGUUUAACUUGAGUCAUGUAAGUCAUUUGUGUCUGUAAAGGGCUUUGACUCCACUUUUCUGCUUCACUCUGUUCAGCAUUCAGAAAGGGUCCAUCUUUGCUAUUAACAAGUUUCAUUGUUUAAAUUUAAAAAAAGCAUUUAGUCCAGGUUUGUGUGAAAUUGUAUUUGAAGUAGCUUAAAAAUCGCAGUGAACUUCAUACAUGAUGAGAAUAUUACUGGUUCGUAUUUGUAAGGUAUAGUGUGAGGCGGCUGAUGUUUGUGGGCUUAUUUGUGUUGCGUAAUCCUGGUGACGUGUCCUGCUUUUCCCUGUUUAAGCCUCUUUCAUAAAAUCUUUGGUACAGUUUUGCCUCUUUGCAGUCAUGUAUUUGCUUUGUCUUUUAAUUUUAUUGAAACAGUUUUAGUGUAAAACAUAACUAUGUUUUAUCCCACUACUUGUGUAAUUUAUUUGAUAAGUUUUGAUAAAUUUCGUGAAACAGUUUUUACUGGCUCUUAUAUUUUAAGUAUUUUUGGUGUGAUGUAAACUGUAAUACCAAAUAAAACACUUCGUGUGA